GUGAUGUCAGUGUUUUAUUACGUGUGAGUGUCAGUGUGUUCAUGAUGAAGCUCUCUCUGAUCCUCGCUCUGCUCUCAGUCUCUGGAGGAUCUGGCCUCAGAGUGACGAGUGUCUCAGGUCAGGACGUGACUCUGACCUGUAAAUAUGACAUUAAGACAAACAAAGCCCGGCCGGUGUGUUGGGGUCUGGGGGACAUCCCGUCCUCCGGCUGCAACAACCAGUUAAUUGCUUCAGACGGAAGCCAGGUGACGUUUGGGGGCGGGGCUUCCAGCAGGUACCGGUUUAUGGGUCGCCUGCAGGACGGAGACGUUUCCCUGACCGUCCUCAACGUCUCAGAGACAGACGCAGGACGAUAUGGAUGCAGAGUGGAUAUCUACGGGUGGUUCAAUGACGAAGCACAUCACAUCGAUCUGAGCGUGGAGAGAGCUCCACAGACGACCAGAGCAGCAGCUCCACAGACGACCAGAGCAGCAGACCAGAUGUUCUCCACUCAGAUCCUCCAGACCAGCAGCCUCUCCCCCGAGGUGAGGAACAUCCUGAGGAUGUUUGCUAAUUGA